AUGGCGAUGGCUAGUAACAAUGAACACAAACCAACCUUGAUCAUGAACCACACUUCGCCCAUCUGCGAGUAUGAACGUGAUGAAGGAGAAGACGUGGAUGACUAUCAUCAAGACCAUGAUGCUUCUUCUUCUUCUUCUCCUUGCGGAGUUGGUGGUUGUUUUGGCCUCUUUGGGUUCACAUCAUGUACAUGGCGGCAAAACCACGACAACGAUUAUGAAUGUAAAUACUUGCUGCAGCAAGAAGGUGGAUCGCACAAGGAGACGACAUGGUGGUGGAGGAAGAAAUUGAACAAGGCUAAGGAGUCUACUCGAGUAUUGGACGGCUCCAAGUGGAAGACCUUCAUCAGAAAGAUUGCGGGAUAUUGCAAGACUACGAAGCAAAAACAAAAUAACAGGUUGUCCAAGAAACAAAAGCAAAAGAAUACUAGGUUACAGUACGAUCUUCAUAGUUAUGCUCUCAAUUUUGAUGGAGGUGUUGCUAGAGAAGGAAAUGAUGCUGCUCUUGAUUUUGCAGCAAGGUUUGCCGCUCCUUUGUCCAAUGAGCAUGGUUCCAUAGGCAGGCCGGUUCAUGAAACCACCCUUGAAUCAGCUUCUAUAGAAUCUAAACGUUAG